AAUUGACUCUCGCAAUUUUAUCGCCUUUCCUACUUAUCUUAGCUCGUUGAGUGAAAUAAAAGCUGUUACUCGCAACAGGAGGAGUAAAACAUUUCGUGCUGUGCUACCAAACCCUUGCCGAGGAAAAAAAAUGAGUUCGAAAGGCGCUUACCACCCCGACCUGGAGCCGAUUGCAUGGAUGAUCGGCAAGUGGGAAUCGAUCGACGCCAAAGUAUUCUAUCCAACGAUGGAGACCACAAAAUACAAAGACAUCAUAGAAGUCACGGAUCCAAAUCCGGACCACCCCAUCGUCAAUUAUAAGUCCACCACCUGGCAUCUGGAGAAAAAAUCACUACUUCAUUAUGAAAGCGGAUUUUUUAAUGUUCACCCAGAGACAAAGAAAGUAUCCUUGAACGUUGCUCACCACUUUGGAGCUAUUGAAAUAUCAGAAGGCGAAGCGGACGGGCAGACACUCAAGGUUGAGAGUAAACAUAUGCAGUUAGUGUCAUUCGUCAAAUGCGAUUUCAUGAAACACGUCGUGAGACAAUGGUCCCUAAAAGAUGGCAUUCUGCAUUCUAACAUGUCGAUGUCAACCCUCAGUCAACCAUUUCAAGAGCAUAUAAUCAGCACUUUCAAGAAGGUAGCGUAACGAUAUUAAUCUGGAAAAAAAAAAUAUUUGAAGACAUAGCGAAAAUAUGCAAUAUCGGCGAUACAGUCGAACUUUGAAAAAUAUUUUACAAAUCAUUUACUAUUAAUGUACACUUUUGAAUGGAUUACAUUUUUGAAAAUCUUGUGAUUAUUGUUUUAAAAUAAAAAUUUUAUAUUUUAAAAUGUC